CAGCACCGGAAGUGAGAUCACAUCCCCGGGGUGAAAGGUUAGCGGAAGUGUGUUUCUUUCCUUUCUGCUCUAGGCCCUAGUGGCUGCUGUAGAAAUGGGCAAGUUUAUGAAACCCGGGAAGGUGGUGCUGGUCCUGGCCGGACGCUACUCCGGACGCAAAGCGGUCAUCGUGAAGAACAUUGACGAUGGCACGUCAGACCGCCCUUACAGCCACGCUCUGGUGGCUGGAAUUGACCGCUAUCCCCGCAAAGUGACAGCAGCCAUGGGCAAGAAGAAAAUCGCCAAGAGGUCUAAGAUCAAGUCUUUUGUAAAAGUUUAUAACUACAAUCACCUCAUGCCCACAAGAUACUCUGUGGAUAUCCCCUUGGACAAAACUGUCGUCAACAAGGACAUCUUCAGAGACCCUGCUCUGAAACGCAAGGCCCGACGGGAGGCCAAGGUCAAGUUCGAAGAGAGGUACAAGACCGGCAAGAACAAAUGGUUCUUCCAGAAGCUGCGGUUUUAAAUCUUUUUUGUUUCUGUCAUUAAAAAAAAUCAAAAAAAGGA